CUCGAGUCCUCUCACAUACACAUUCUCAACAUGUCGAGCAUUCGCAACAUCACAUCUCUCCGUGCCACAAGGCGGCCGCUGAUCAAAGCGCCUCGCCUCGCUUGUCUCCAGGCGCGCACCAACGUUACUGUACCCUUCAGACUACCAGCUGCACGCAACGAGCCUAACCCUACCUACAAGGAGGGCUCAGAGGAGCGCACAGAGCUUGUUAAAGAGCUCAAGAGGCUCAGGUCUCAACUUCCUCUUAAGUCUGAGAUCUUCCUUAACGGUACAUCACAACCGUCUGCUGGAUCAUGGGACCAGCCCAUCCCCGCAGAGAAGGACACCGUUUUCACCAACUAUCCUCUUAUUUCCAAGGAGCAGGUCUCAGAUGCCAUCACAUCAGCUCUCGAGGCCAAGAAGACAUGGGAGAAGACACCAUUUGUCGACCGUGCUUCCAUUUUCCUAAAGGCUGCGGAACUGGUUGCGGGGAAAUACCGCUAUGAGCUGAUUGCUGCAACCAUGCUCGGACAGGGCAAGAACAUCUGGCAGGGUGAAGUCGACGCCGCCGCCGAACUGGCUGACUUCUUCCGUCUCAACUGCAACUAUGCUGCAGAGAUUCUGGCUCGUCAGCCCGACCGUGGUUCUGACGGCAUGUGGUCGCGCAUGGACUACCGUCCUGUUGAGGGGUUCGUCUAUGCCGUUUCUCCCUUCAACUUCACAGCCAUUGGUGGCAACUUGAUUGCUGGACCUGCUCUCAUGGGUAACGUCGUCCUUUGGAAGCCUUCCCCCUCCAACAUCUACGCCUCUACCAUUGUGUACAAGAUCCUGCUCGAGGCCGGUCUCCCCAAAGACGUUAUUCAGUUCAUUCCUGGUGAUCCAGAGGUCAUCAACGAUGUUGUCUUCGCCAACCGCGACUUCACUGGUCUCAACUUCGUCGGUUCUUCAGAUGUUUUCCGCUCCCUCUGCGCUCGCAUUGGUGAGGGCAUUGGCAAGGGCACUUACCGCGAGUUCCCGCGCAUGGUCGGUGAGACCAGCGGUAAGAACUUCACCCUCAUUCACUCUACUGGUGACAUUCCCUCUGCCGUCAAGCACACCAUUCGUGGAUCUUUUGAGUACCAGGGACAGAAGUGUUCUGCCACCUCUCGCCUCUACCUCCCUGAGUCCCGCUCCAAGGAGUUCCUCGACGCUUUCAUCAAGGAUGUCAACGAGAUCACCAUCGGAAAUCCCGACAAGGAUCUCUCUGCAUUUAUGGGCCCCGUCAUCCACGACCGCUCAUUCAACAAGAUCAAGCAGAUCAUUGACGAGUCCAACGCCGAUCCCUCACUCAAGCUCAUUGCUGGUGGAACCUACGACGACUCCAAGGGCUACUUCGUCAAGCCCACUGUCUACCUUUCUGACUCUCCCGACCACAAGCUCUUCAACUACGAGGUUUUCGGCCCUGUUCUCGCCAUCCAUGUCUACAAGGACGCUGACUGGAAGAAAAUCCUUCAGAAGGUCGACCAAGCUGGUGGCGGUUUCGCCCUGACGGGUUCAGUCUUCGCCAACGACCGCUCUGCCGUCCGGGAGGCUGAGGACACUCUCCGCUACUCUGCUGGCAACUUCUACAUUAACUGCAAGACAACAGCUGCUCUCAUCGGUCAACAAUCUUUCGGUGGAUCCCGUGCCUCCGGUACCAACGACAAGGCUGGUUCCUCCAACCCUGUCCUCCGCUUCACCUCUCCUCGUCUGAUUAAAGAGGAGUUCUUCCCCCAGACUGAGUACUUGUACCCCAGCAACAAGCCUGCUGAGAACCUCGAAGACGUCAAGGGCGCCCAGCACUAAAUUCUGAGUCCACUUUCUGACGAUUUCUCGAGUUUUAAACGGG